GACAGGAUAAAGAUUUUGGGCUGUUGGCAUCGACCAUAAGGAAAAUAGACUGAGGUCACACAUCCUGACAGUCCCAUAUUAGUAUCAUAAAUGGUGACCAACUUAUUCGGUUCUGUGGGGGGCUUCAUGUUUGAGAAUAUAUGUGUCCAGAUGAAAGUGAGGGCAUGUCAGGAGGGCAGGAUAAGGUUUGGGGGCUGUUGGCAUUGACCGUAAGGAAAAUAGAGUGAGGUCACACAUUUUGACAGUUGCUUCCCACUACCAUAAAAUGGGACCACCAUAUUCGGAGCUCUGGGGGUGCUCGAUCACUUUUGAGAAUAUUUGUGUUCAGAUGCAAGUGAGGGGAUGACAGAAGGUCAGGAUAAAGUUGUGCGGCUGUCAGAAUGGCAGGAUAAUGCUUUUUGACAGUUGGUAUUGACCAUGAGGAAAAUAGUGACGUCACACUUCCAUUGAGUAGGUAAGGAGAGUAAUAACUGUGCAAUAAUGUUUUUAUAACACAGACUACUUGGGUAACUAUUUAUUUUAAUAAUUUUAAUAGCCCCUAAAUGUUCAAAUGUAGGCGUAGUUCCUAUAUUCGAUCGAUGCUCCACAUGUCAUAAACAUGGAAAGGCCAUCAGAAUAAAGGGCAAAACCCAUCUCAACCCCGCCCUCUUGUCUUCUGUCUGGUUUGGCACGUACAGUAAUGCAUGAGGGAGAUGCACACUGGAGUCGGGCGGAGACUCAGAGCAAAAAGACAAAUAUUAAUUUUAGAGUGAGAUAGAAUUCCUAGGAACUCCAAGGUCCCGAAACAGGACCGAGUAGUGCAGUAUAUACAUUAAUCAUGGGACUCACUGCGUGUUUAGGAGACUAUUUUCUUGGUUUCUGGGACUAUGAAACCCCCAAAAUCAUGGUGGUUAAAAAUAUAACUCUUGGAGUCAUAUACAGAGGAGUUCAGUUUAUUGUCAUCACCUACUUCAUCUGGUACGUCUUCAUAAGUCAGAAAGCGUACCAAGAAAGUGAAACGCGUCCCGAGAGCUCGCUUUACACUCGCAUGAGAGGCUCAGCAAUUCGUGGAGAUCAAAUCUUGGACACUGUGGAAUACGUUCGACCCUCAGAGGGCGGGGAUGUCAUUAGUACGAUAUUGAGACGAGAAGUCACAUAUGACCAGAAGCAAGGAACCUGUGCUGAGUAUUUUGGUGUUGCAAAUGCCAACUGCACGAGAGACUCAGACUGUGUCCAAGGAGAGGUUGACUUCAACGGCCAUGGCAGGAGGACCGGCAGAUGUAUUCGAUACUACAACCACACCUUCAAAACCUGUGAGAUCCAAACCUGGUGCCCUAUUGAGGAGUAUGCAGUCCAGAGAGAGCCCUCUUUGGUGGUGGCCAUCAAUUUCACAGUAUUCAUCAGAAACUUCAUUCAUUUCCCAAAGUUUGGAGUGGUGCGGGGUAAUAUAAAGGACGCUUCAAACAGGCGCAACACGCACAAAUACCUGAACAAAUGUCAAUACGAUGAGGAGAAGGAGCCCUACUGUCCGAACUUCCGACUAGGUUACAUUGCACAUCGAGCCCGGGAGAACUUCAGCGAGCUCUGCAGGACGGGAGGAGUGAUUGGUGUUUUUAUUAACUGGAACUGUGACCUGGACCUGGACCCUUCACGCUGUAAGCCCAAAUAUUCCUUUCGGCGUCUUGACCUCAGAAAGGAUCAAGCCAACUCCGGUUACCAUUGCAGAUUUGCCAAGUACUACCAAAAGGAUGGGAUAGAGUCCCGGACACUUAUCAAGGCCUACGGCAUUCGUUUGGAUGUGAUCGUUCACGGACAAGCAGGUAAAUUUAGCCCAAUCCCAACAAUCAUCAGCACAGUGACCGCACUGACUUCAGUCGGAAUUUGUACCAUUAUCUGCGACUGGAUUAUGCUGACAUUUAUUGACAAGGAUGAAGUCUACAGCGAAAGCAAGUUUGAUGAAGUUAGAGAUGAACCCACGGCAUCCAUUCCUCCACAACUACUUUACAUCACUAACUUCAGCUCAUACCAGUCGGACUUGUCGGAUGGUGUGCCGCUGUGACGUCAUCGUCUCUGGCCUGCCACGUGUCUUGUUCUCUCAGGGCUUCUAAGCAGCUCUUUUUUCCCCCUAAUAACGGAGUUAUUUUAGCCCAUGCUGUUGACAUGUCAACCUUUUUAGAGUAGAAGACCAACAUCAUAUACAUUAUACAAAUACGGGAAGCGUACUUGCACAAUUCUGCCAUUAAGGAGCUAACAAUGCCCCCAAAAUAAUAAACACAGGAAUAUUUUCUGAAAGUGAUCAUCAAAUUAUUUCUUCAUAAUUAUCUCUGUAAGGGCAACAUUUUUGACGGAGCUUUUGUAUUUGAGCCUCUUAGAUGCAGGCGUCCAGGGAGGCCCUAUUCAUUUAUAUCAAACCUAAACAUUAACAUGCAGAA